AUGGCGCCCCUCGAAAUCACGCUCAUCGUCGCUGCGACGCGUCGAAUGGGCAUUGGCCUGCACGGCACGAUGCCCUGGACCGGCCUGCGCAAGGAGAUGGCCUACUUUCGACGCGUCACCACGCGCACCCUCGCAUCAUCAGGGUCGCCGCCCAAUGCCGUCAUCAUGGGCCGCAAGACCUGGGACUCCAUUCCGCCCCAGUUUCGGCCCCUCAAGGAUCGGCUCAACAUUGUCAUCACGAGGUCGGCGCCCGCGCAGCCCCCAAGUGACGCCCCCGCCACACAGCCCGUCAGGGUGUCGACCUUGGACCAGGCGCUGGCGUAUGCGCGCGAGCAUGGCAUUGCCAGGGUGUUUGUCAUUGGCGGCGCCCAGAUCUACGACAUGGCGGCGCAGAAGGCGACGCGCGUGCUGCUCACAAGGAUCGAGAGGGACUUUGAGUGCGACACGUUCUUCCCCAUCAAGCUCGAGGGCACGCAGAGCGCGGGGUGGACCAAGAGGAGCAGAGACGACGUGAGGGCAUGGACGGGAGAGGAUAUCGAGGAGGAUGGGCAGGUGGAAAAUGAUACCAAGUACCACUUUGAGAUGUGGGAGCGAGACGAGUAG